AAACCCCACAGCCCGACCCCGAGGCCAGCCCGUUCCUCCAGCCUCUCUCCGCUCGACUUCGCCACCGUUAUGUGGGAAGCGUAUCCGGCUCCUUCCCUUCCACUGCUGUUGCCACGGGACCCUUCCCCAAGACCGGAAGAUGCUGCCAUAGUGGCCUGGAGCCUCCAGAACUAAGAACAGAAUAAAAAUCUUUUCUUCAGAUUACCCACCUUCGGCAGCCAGUCAACUUUAACACAUGAAGAAAUAAAAACCAGAAAGCAAUCAUUAAUAUUCCUUGGAGAGAGUUUCCAAACAUGAAUAAAAAUUAAGCAAGCCCCCUCCAUUGAGCUCAGUCAGGAGAUGUUUCACAAAACAGAAGAAUUCUUACCCAAAACAAUGGACAGUGAAAUGGAUGACAUGGACACGUCAGACACACAGUGGGGCUGGUUUUACUUGGCGGAAUGUGGGAAAUGGCACAUGUUUCAGCCGGAUACCAACAUUCAGUGUUCAGUUAGCAGUGAAGAUAUCGAAAAAAGCUUCAAAACAAAUCCUUGUGGCUCCAUUUCUUUUUCUACUUCCAAAUUCAGCUACAAGAUAGACUUUGCAGAAAUGAAGCAAAUGAAUCUCACCACUGGAAAGCAGCGCCUGAUAAAACGAGCCCCCUUUUCUAUCAGUGCUUUCAGUUACAUAUGUGAAAAUGAAGCUAUUCCUAUGCCCACACACUGGGAGAACGUGAACACUGAAGUCCCGUAUCAGCUGAUUUCUCUGCACCAUCAAACACACGAGUACAAUGAAGUUGCUAACCUCUUUGGGAAAACAAUGGACCGUAACCGAAUUAAGCGAAUACAGAGAAUUCAAAAUCUAGACCUGUGGGAGUUCUUUUGCAGGAAAAAGGCCCAACUCAAAAAAAGGAGAGGUGUGCCUCAGAUCAACGAACAAAUGCUGUUCCACGGGACCAGCAGUGAAUUUGUGGAAGCGAUUUGCAUCCAUAACUUUGAUUGGAGAAUAAAUGGUAUACAUGGUGCUCUCUUUGGGAAAGGAACCUAUUUUGCUAGAGAUGCUGCAUACUCCAGUCGCUUCUGCAAAGAUGACAUAAAGCAUGGCAACACCUUCCAGAUUCACGGUGUCAGCUUGCAACAGCGGCACCUGUUUAGAACCUAUAAGUCCAUGUUUCUUGCACGAGUGCUCAUUGGAGAUUACAUAAACGGGGACUCCAAGUACAUGCGGCCUCCUUCCAAAGACGGCAGCUAUGUGAAUUUAUACGACAGCUGUGUGGAUGACACCUGGAACCCCAGGAUCUUUGUGGUUUUUGAUGCCAACCAGAUCUAUCCUGAAUACUUGAUAGACUUUCACUGAUUCCAUUCCCAAACCUCAGUGGGCAAGGAAGUCUUUCUCUUUUUUUGCAGGAAGAUUUGCUCUUCUGUCAUCUAGCCACCAAAUGUUAAUUAUCUAAUACUUUUGAAACAGAUAUAAAAAAAAAAGUGGCCUCCAUAUAAAAAGACUUACUGAAGGCUGGUUUUCUGCUGUUGUUUUGUUUUUACCCAUUAUUCAUUGUCUUAUAUGUUAAAAAUGGAGAUCACAGCCGUGUUAGCACACAGGGAGUCCAGGAGCCCAUUUACAGUGAAGUCAGCCAAGUCUCAACGUGGUCAUUUAGAGCCUUUAAAAUUUACAUGAACGCUGGCAGGAUAAAUGGUUUUGGUUCAGCUAAACCCAGGCAUAUGAAAUCAUAUGUUCAAAACCUAAACAUACAGCUGUAAGUAUAUCCCUCUAGUGACCACACAUCAAUGUGAUCCUUUAUGAACUAACUUCUGGUGUCACUGUCCACCAGACAACAUGUGGUUUUGUCGGUCUCCUGAAGUGGCCAUUUAAAACCCCAAACACGCAGAGUACAAGCAGAGAAAACAGAAAUAAUGUUACUCGCAGUGCCUCCCAACAGGCCAACAAGUCAACAAGCCAACAAGCCAGGUCUCCAGUGGCCUUAGCGGGGCAGAGUGCAGCCCGCACUGGCUCAGGUCCUGCUCCUCCAGCCUGGGCCUUUGAACCCCUGCCAAGCUGCCUGUGAAAGGUGUGUACACCUUCAAAGUGGAAUGUUGGUGAUUCAGAGCAUUUAUUGCCCCUUUGGGAGCCCCUUCCAGUGAUCACUUCUGAAGAUUUCCUGUCCCCUAGAGCGAACAGUUAUGCAACCGUGAGUUCUCCAGUUCACUUGUCUCUACUGUAUCCCCCUGUUUGCACAAAAUGCUGGGAACAAGUCUGCUUUGUUGUUUGGGCAGCGGUUGACUGCCAGAUCUCAAAAAGUUGGACUCAAGGCGUAAUCCUGUCUAAUGGAAGUUUAUUUGUUCCACCCAUUUUCUUAUUCUCUUCUAAAGAAGAAUAAAUGGUGUUUGAGCAGCGUCCCGGGCCUGGCAGUCUCCUGGCAGAGGCUGGCGAGCUGCUCAGCUGCAGUGGCUGUGUGGUGAUCUCGGGCACUGAUCUUCCAUGAUUCUACACGAAAAAAAUAGAACACUUGUUACCAAGCCUGUGCCAGAAAAAUCUUUUCCAAACUCUAGUACUAGUGUUUUCUCUCUCUUACAUUCACCCCAUUUUGGCUGAUUUGAGGAAAAUAAUUUUUAAUUCCUAAACAAAACAAAAUUUGUUUUCCCAAUAAGUGUCCAAUACCUAUUAUUUCACUUCAUUCACUUGAACUGGAAAGGCAUCUGAAACAAGAAAAGCCUGGGAUUAGAAAUGAUCAUUUUAAAGGCUUUGUAACCCCCAAAUCCAUGCUUCAGUCCAGUGUGCACUGUAAGGGGACUAGCCCACAGCAUUCCUGCGAGUGUGGUUCUUUAAAACAGCCUGGCAGCAGGUGUGGUGCUGGCCGCCAGUUAGACCAAGCGCUGUGGAUAUUUAGAAAGAGCGUAUUAAAAUAUGCUAAGACCAUCAUGAAACUAUCUGGAGGCAACAUCGCUAGGCGCAUUCAUAAGCAACAAAGUUAGAGAACUAGAAAUGCACAUUUUUAAAAAAUUUUUGUUCUAUUUGUGAUUUACAUAUAAAAAGUUUCUUCACUGUGGGUUUUUUUCUCCUCUCCAAUUUAACAUGUACACCUCUCUUCAGCACUUGAAUAGAAUAGCUAUUGUAGCAUUGGGGAGUUACUUUUCUUUGAGACAUAGCACAGAUCUUAUCUCGGAGUGACUGAGAACCCAGGGUGAAGUAUUUCCAAGGCGUUGGGAACUUAACUCGCCUUGUUGGUUUAUACGGGAGUGGAGCAAACACACUACAGCAACCAUUGUGAAAAAGUGUUGUACCGUUGUUCUUGUCUGACAAUGUUCUGCUUGGUCGGCCCUUUAUGAGAAAGAAUUGAUUUCGAUCCAUGUUUUAAAGUAGACCAUGUUGAGUUAGCCCAGUGUUAUACUUGUAUUUCUUUGAUCAGCAGCUUGAGUUGAGAAUCAUGUGACGGUGCCGAAGAUGACUAAACACACAGAACCAUUUGCUGACUUUCCCUCUUGUCGUCACAUGGUGUGGGUGGGGAGAGUGAAGGGAGAGCAUUCCAGGUUAAUGCUGAGUAGUUUUAAAAACUGUGCAUUGAAUAAAUUCCAGCUGGAAAUGACUUAUCUUUUACUUUGGUGAUAUUAGGCUCAGGGUUAAAAAAAAAAACAUGGGUUUAUAAAAAAAGUUUCAUAAAUCGUUUAAGUUAUGAACAAUAAGGUUUUGUAUUUUACAUAUCCUUUCAUUCAGACUAUUGAUGGUAACACUAAUAAAGGAUUUUUUGGGUCAUUUUGAUAUAUGAAUAUAUCUGCUUGAUUUAUGGUGAUUAAAGCUUUGCAGAG